AUGAGCUCUCACAUUUGCAGAUCUGCUUCUAGAGCUGCCAGGUCUCUUCUCUCUUCAGCUUCCAAAACCUCUCGCUUCUACUCUGAAGGGAGAGCCGUAGCUGCAGCAGCAGCAGUUUCAUUCAGUGGAAAGUUGCCUUUCCUAGCUGCAGCUCAUGGAAGAACUGGUUCUUCAAAUGUAGCUAGGCAAUGGAUUUCAGGGGCCCUUGCAAUUCCUGCUGCAGUGUACAUGCUCCAGGAACAGGAGGCACAUGCUGCAGAGUUGGAGCGAACGUUCAUUGCCAUCAAGCCUGAUGGAGUGCAAAGAGGGCUGAUUUCAGAAAUCAUAUCUCGUUUCGAGCGUAAAGGUUUUAAGCUUGUGGCAAUUAAGAUAGUGAUUCCUUCGAAGGACUUUGCUGAGAAGCAUUAUCAUGAUCUGAAGACAAGACCCUUUUUUGAUGGUCUUUGUGACUUCCUUAGCUCUGGUCCAGUUGUUGCCAUGGUCUGGGAAGGAGAAGGGGUGAUCAAAUAUGGCCGGAAACUCAUUGGAGCAACAGAUCCUCAGAAAUCAGAACCCGGAACUAUCAGAGGUGAUCUAGCUGUUGUUGUUGGAAGAAAUAUCAUUCACGGAAGCGACGGCCCCGAGACUGCCAAGGAUGAGAUUAGCUUGUGGUUCAAACCAGAGGAAUUAGUUGCUUACACAAGCAAUGCUGAGAAGUGGAUCUAUGGAGUCAACUGA